ACAAAAUGGCUUCCAACUUGGAGUCUUCGCUUGCAACAAAAGCAUCAGAUACACUAUGGGACUUUUCCUGUGAUGCUUGCAAUAAAAACGAGGCUCAGUUUAACUGCGAAGGGUGUUUUAAGUGUUACUGCGAGAAUUGCGUGAAACUACACAACCAACUAUUUAAUUAUCACUCUUUGUUCGGAAGAGAGCAAAUAGAGAAAUGGCCAAUUGCCAAGUCAACAUUAGACAUACUGGAGCAAUGUGAAAAGCAUAGCGAUGAAAAAAUAAAACUGUUCUGUGAGGACCAUAGUCAACUUUGUUGUCUUGUUUGCGUGGCACGCUAUCACAGAUCUUGCCAUAAAGUCAGCCUUCUUGAAGAGAUAAACAAAUAUUCGACAGCAGACGGUCAUGCGCUCUCAUCAAACAUUCAACACAUACAAGAAGAGUUGAAGGAAAUGAAAGACAAAGCUGAAGGCAAUCUUCUGACGCUUGAGAUGAUGUACCAGCAAAUUAAGAAAGAGAUCGACACAGUGCGACAGAAAAUAAAUGCAGAAUUAGAUCGGCUAGAGAGAGCAACAAUGCAAGAAGUGGACAAAUUGAUUUCUAGCUCUACGAUAAAUAUUUCUAAAGAAAGAGAAAAUUGUGGUAGCAUUCAAGAAAGUUUGCAAUGUCUCAGUAAAGUGGUUAAUGAAGUUUGCAACACGAGCAGUAAACUUCUUUUUAUAGCUUUAGAAAAAUAUCAACAACAGAUAAAAAACUCUGAAUUAUUUAUAAAAGAGUCGAAAGCCACACAUGAUAAUCAUAUUGAAUUUGCACCCAGUAAAGCCAUCGAGAAGUAUUUAAUGAAAUUGGAAGGUCUGGGAAACGUUGGCCAACCAAAUAAGGUUAUUUCGCUGCAUAAAAAGUCAGAAUAUAGCGUAAAGGUUUCGCCUGGUGAAUACGGUUGCCAUAUUUAUUCUAUCUGUGAGCUACUUUCUGGUGAGACGCUUGUACUAGACUUUAUCCAUAAUGAUGUGAAACUGAUAGACAAUAAAUACCAGUUAUUGAGCAAUUGCGAAGUUCCUCAAUAUUCAUAUGACAUGUGUCUGAUAUCUUCAAGUGAGGUCAUUGUCACAACAAAUGAGACAGGCAAUGAUGACGGUCUUCACGGUCUACAGAUGAUUUAUGUCAGGAUUAACAGGUUGGAAAAGGGAUGGAGGCUUCAGCUACCGCAUAGGUGUGUUGGUAUUGCUCACCAUGACGAGCAUCUGUAUGUAACUUCCGGUAUAGCGCUGUUUAAGUACACUCUUACUGGAAAACUAAUAAAGAAACUGUACGAGGACACAACGAGAUCUGAUACAGUGUACAAGUGUGCUGUCAACCUAAUGGGUGACAAGAUCUACGUCAUCAACAUGGACAACGAUACGCUCCUCACACUGGCCAUAGAUGGAACAGUUAUCUACACCUUUUCUGACAUUGACCUUAAAUGCCUAAUGGGUGUUCAUAUGACUGCUGGUGGACAAGUGCUCCUGUGUGGCUAUGGAUCCAACACAAUUAUACAGGUCGACAGCGAGGGGAAGAAGAAGCUGGCUACACUGGCUAAUGAAAACGAUGGAGUUAAAGAUACAUGUUCAGUCUUCUACAGUUGCAGCACUAAUUCAGUUCUCGUGGGUGUUGAAAACAAAGACAUCAUAGUAUUUAAAGUAACAUAGGCAGCGACAAAACAAAUCGUGUGAUAGAAAGAUAGAAAGGAUCAUCAAAGGAUUGAUACUAAAGUUACUAUACUCACGUUGAUUUGUGAUUCAGCACAAUAUGAAGUACGUUUACAACUUUUAUGUUCGUGAAGUAAAUAUGCAUAAAAUAACAAAUUAACGACUUGAGUAAACUUAUAAAUUGGCAAGUAUAUGUGCAUAGUGCUCAAAAUAUUAAUAAACACAUGUAUUUUAAAUUUCAUACGUAAACAAUCUAAAAUAGAGUAUUUGAAAUACAAUCAAAAUAGUCUGACCAAUGACGUUUUUAUUUUAAAUUUGUUAAGCAGAAAAUAAAUCAUUUAAGUAUACGGCUGCAUACUGUUAUUUACUUAAACGUUUUAUAGAUACAAGUAAACGUUGCAAAUCUUGUUUUCAUCUCGGUAUUUUAUGAUAUUCUUGUUUUCAUUUACGUACUUUAUUCGACACUUAAUUUUAUUUAUGCACUUUAUUUGAUUCUUGUUUACAUUAACGUACUUAAUUAGAUUCUUAUGUUCAUGUAAAUACUGUAUUUGAAUCUUGUUUUCAUUCACGUAAUUUGUUUGAUUUUUGUUUCUAUUUAAAGGGGCCUUUUCACAGAUUUUGGCAUAAUUUGAAGUUUUUCAUUUAAUGCUUUAUAUUGAUAAAUGUUAACAUUGGAUAUAAAAAACUCCAGUAAACAAUCAAUAAUAAAAUAAAAACUAGAAAAAAAAGUUAACGUAACCCUCAGCAGGGCUCGAACCACUGAGCACUGAAGUCCUGAAGUAAAAAGUCUACCACUUACACCACUCGACCAUCCUUCCGUAUACACUGACAGGUGUAUUUUAUACAUAAUAUAAGUUAUCCUCGUAGUUUCGCAAAAUACAACGACAACAACAGAACUCUCCAAAUUAUUAAUUCGUAACGCGUUGCAACGCUUCAUAAUUUUAGGGUUUUUAUAUGGUCAAAAGAUGCAUAUAAUGGCUAUUUUAGAGCAUGGUAAAUGUUCUGUAUUACUGUUUCCUCACAAAUAUCAUAACUAAAACGAACAUUUGCGAAUCUGAAACAACUUUUUUCAAUUUUGUCGAUUUCCCAAACGUGAAAAGACCCUUUUAAGUACUUUAUUUUAUUUUCGUUUCAAUUGAUGUAAUUGUUUGGAAACAGUGUUCUAGAAUACAUGUAUAUUGAAAUGGCAAAACUACUCUGAUGUUUAUAUUAUUAAUUUUGCUAUGUAUUUUGAAUUGUUUUUCGUAUGAGAUGUACCCAUAACGUCAACAUAAACUUGUAUAAUAUGAACUGUUAAUUGAUCGUUACCUGAUACCUUCAAAGUGUUAUGCAUUUUGAUGACAAGACCAUUGAUUUAGAAAGUGUUUAUUGCAGAUGGAACUAAAGUUGAUUUAACCAAUUAUAAUAUGUUAACUCUAUUCAAACACCAUGUCAUUGUGGAUAUUUUAAUCUCCCGAAAAGGAAAGAGUGUAAAAUGGAGUCGCGUCUUGUCCACCCUUCAGAUUAUUAAUUUUUUGUGGAAUUUAGUUAGUGAUCACAGAAGUGAGUAAAGUGUGGAGAGCAUAGCGAUGAAAAAAUAAAACUGUUCUGUGAUUCGCAUAGCCAACUUUGUUGUCACGUUUGCGUGGCACUUCAUCACAGGUAAAGUACAUUAUAAAAUAUGUUUUUUGUAUGUGGUUUAUUAUAAAAACAUAUGUUUUCUAAGCACAUGAUACAUUUGAAAAAGCGUUCUGGAGAAAUGGAUGUACUUCUUAAAUAAAGGUUGAUGUAUUUUACAAGUACACUUGUAUUGACCGUUCCAAUUGUAUAUGUAUGUAAACAUAAUUGAGCACACCUUUUAAUUUAAAAUCUCUGCUUUAUUUGUUUACCUAAACCGUCCAGUUUAAGAGUUUUAUAUUGAUUAAAAUCGUCUGUUUACUACGUUCGAUAGAUAACGUUCUACAUACAUGUUUAAAUGUUAAAGUUUGAGUGAUGAUAUCAAUGAUUACAUUUCGCCAAUACUGCCGGCAGUAGUUGGUAGAGCGCAGGACAAUAAAUCUAAAGAUAUCUUUGAUUCCUGGUCGGGCCAAAUAACAUGAAUGGUCAUUGGUAAUGCUAUUAUAACUGCGGAAAUUAUUUCGAUUCCUCUGAUUCAAUUAAAUCAGUUAAACGUUACUAGCAUUAGUAUGUGACCAGCUAUCGCUUGAAAGGUGUCUGUUGGUUUAACUUACCUUUGUCUUAUGACUAUAAUACAACAUAUGGCAUGCGAUUUGUCGAUGCUAUUGUGACAAGCUCUAGACAUUUCUGAACAUAGUACAUGAGUCGGAAUGAUCAUGAUGCAAAUGUUGCGGUCCGAACAAAUAUUGUCAGUUUUAUUUUUGGUCAAAUAAAGUGUUUACAUCCAUUGUUAAACGGAUACAAAAAUAACAAGUCAAUAAACACAAAUACCCUCUUCGCAGUGUUUGUGAAGCACAAUUUAGCUGCUAGUUGAAACACAAUGAAAUAAGAGCUUUGCAAAUGAAUUAUUGACAAUGAACGUUGAUGUGUGUAAUAUGUCCAUUAACUAAUUGAUUAAACUGUUAAACCAUU